GCCGUGUCCCACCUUCCUGCAGAACCGACAUGCUCGCUCGAACAGACCAUGCCCAUAAGCUUUGUUGAUUACGGAGCAGAUGGAAUGGUUGUUCCUGGACACCUCUUCAAUACCACAUUGGACAGAUACUCCUUCACCGACCCAAGCCCCGUAACCCUCCCUACGCAGUCCAUUGGAGAUUCUACCUAUCUUGCCUCUGCUGUUGAUCCUAUCGAGGCUGAAGUGACACCUGAGCCGAGCCAACAGACCACCAGGUUCGUCCCGGAGAUUGCUCGUAACACCAAGGACGAAUAUCUCCAGGAAGCUCGUCGACGCGGUCUGUCGUACAAGGAGAUCAAACGCCGUGGUGGCUUCACCGAAGCAGAGUCAACUUUGCGAGGUCGUAUCCGUAUCCUGUCCAAGCCCAAGGAGAUGCGUGUCAGAAAGCCGCAAUGGAACCGUUCGGACGUAAGUUGUUGCAUCCUCGUGUGUUAUACUCUCACCUAACAUGGCACCAGAUCAUGCUCCUCGUCGAGGCAGUCGAAAGCUUCUCUGAAGCAUCGCAAGGAUCAUCGUCUCGCAAGACCAACAUGCGUCAAAAGAGUAACAUGAGCAAGCUGCCGUGGAAAAAGGUUGCCGAG